GUGAGAGAUGACACUUAUACCAUGGUGCAAACCUUGCAGAAGGAUGCAAUGAGCCCCACUGGCCAGGCAGAGAGAAAGGCAGUGGAGAGGUGCCUGCACCAGACUGAGUCCUGGAUGUGCAGAUUUGGAGCUUUGACCACAUUGGUGGGAUCCAUGAUCU